AAAUAAAUUUUUAUCUGCUUGUUAGUUUGUAAUGUUUGUAUAGUACCUACUAAUUAUUAUCGUCUGUUGGCUAAGUAAUAAGUAUACUUUACUAUUUUGAAUUUACUAGAUGCAUAACUUUUUUAAGAACAGAUUUUUGUCCUAGAAAUGUAUUGUUAAAAGUCACAUGAAAAUCCAGAAUGUUAAAUGAAAAAAGAAACAAUAUUGUUAACCCUUAAUAACCAUAAAUAAUAUCAUUGACUAUCGAAUGUAACUAUUUUAUUAUACCUAUAUUUAUUAGGUAUUAGCCUAUUAGUAUAUUCAAUAUUAGAUGUUUGAAAAAGUUUCUUAAAGACAAUAUUAAAAAUAUUUAAUCUGUUAAAGUACCACAGACAAUGGAUCAACAGGUACCAAUUGUCAGAAAAUUAGCAGAGGACGUAGUAAAUAGAAUUGCAGCCGGUGAAGUAAUCCAAAGGCCAGCUAAUGCUCUAAAGGAACUUUUAGAAAACAGCUUGGACGCUAAAUCUACAAAUAUUCAAGUUACAUUGAAAAAUGGAGGUUUAAAAUUACUUCAGAUACAAGACAAUGGCACUGGUAUUCGCACUGAGGAUUUGGGUAUUGUAUGUGAACGGUUCACUACUAGUAAAUUACAGCAAUUUGAAGAUUUGACUAAAAUAUCUACUUAUGGAUUUCGAGGUGAAGCGUUGGCUAGCAUAAGUCAUGUUGCUCAUUUGACAAUCACUACUAAAACCAAUGGAGCUCUUUGUGCUUACAAAGGACUAUACAAAGAUGGCAAAUUAAAAGCUCCACCUAAAUCUUGUGCUGGUAAUGUUGGAACUAUAAUCACUGUUGAAGAUUUGUUCCAUAAUAUUGCUACAAGGAAAAAAUCAAUGAAAAGUUUUAAUGAAGAACAUUUGAAAGUUGUAGAAGUUGUGAGUCGAUAUGCUAUACACAAUCCUUUGGUUGGGUUUACAGUAAAAAAACAAGGUGAAUUAUUGACUGAAGUAAAAACAAAUCAAGGUUCUACUCAUAUUGAUAAUAUUCAAGCUAUUUACGGCUCAGCAAUAUCCAGAGCUUUGUUAGAAGUAAAUGAUUAUUGUAAUAUUCUUAAAGUUAAAAUUAAAGGCUAUGUGUCAAAUCCAAAUUUUUCAGCAAAGAAACAGAUUUUUAUAUUAUUUAUAAAUGAUCGUUUGGUUGUUUCCCAAGGAUUAAGAAAAGCUGUGGAUCAAGUAUACAGCAUUUAUUUAGCUAAAGGAUCACAUCCAUUCAUAUACCUAAGUUUAAAUUUGGAUCCAAUGAAUGUUGAUGUUAAUGUGCAUCCAACAAAACAUGAAGUUCAUUUUUUACAUGAGGAUAAAGUUAUUGAUAAAGUUAUUGAUGCAAUUCAAGAUAAACUUUCUGGUACUAAUACAUCUAGAACAUUCUAUACUCAAACAAGGUUGCCAAUGUCUAGUGAUACAUUGAUAGAUAAAUCUAAUGAAAAAAUAGAAAUUAAAGAAAGUCAAAAAUUAAAGACACCAAAUUCCACAAAUGUUUCACAAAAUAAAAUGGUUAGAACAGAUUGUGCUGAACAAAAAAUUGACAAGUUCUUAAACACAAGUAAUAGUAGUAAUAGCACAUUAAUGUUGCCGAAAUCAAAGACUAAUGAUGUUAUUACCCGACGGGAAAUAAAGCUGACCAGCGUGUUAACUUUACGUAAAGAAAUUGAAAACCGCUGCAGUGACACCUUACAGACAAUUUUUCAGAAUCACAAGUAUGUUGGUGCAGCUUCUCCUACCUGGUCAUUAUUUCAACAUGACACAAACCUAUACAUUUGUAAUUCUAAUAAUGUGUUACAAGAAAUGUUUUAUCAAAUUAUGAUGUACGAAUUUGGAAAUUUUGGUGUUAUAAAAUUUUCAAAUGCAUUAUCUAUUUAUGAGUUGAUAAUGAUUGCAUUAGAACUAUCAGAAUCUGGAUAUCAAGGAAAUGAGGAUAAACCAAAAGAAGAAUUAGCUCAUGAUGCUACUGAGAUAUUAACAUCUAGAACUUCAAUGUUAAAUGACUAUUUUUCUAUUGAAAUUGAUAAUGAUGCAAAUAUUUUGUCAAUACCCUUAUUGUUAGAGGGAUUUCUUCCAGAUUUAGAUGGACUACCACUAUACUUAUUACGUUUAGCUAGCGAAGUUGAUUGGUCCAGUGAAAAGCAAUGUUUUCUUAGUUUUUGUCGUGAAACAGCUAGAUUUUACAUAUUGCAUCCAUGGAAACAACAAUGUGGUGACAAUGAUGAUAUAUCAGAUGCUGCGCCUGACAGAAACUGGGCUUGGAGUUUAGAACAUGUGCUAUAUCCAUCUUUGCGAAAAUCAUUUCAGCCUCCAAGACAUUUUUUGGAAGAUGGCACGCUAUUGCAAAUAGCUAGUUUACCUGAUAUGUACAAAGUAUUUGAGCGUUGUUAAUACAAUAAUACAGUAUAUCAUUAGGUAUAACAGUUUAUUUUUUUUUUACUUAAAUAUAAGUUUUAAAUGUUAGUUUUUGUAAAAAUAUUAUUUAUUUAUUGUUUAACUGAACCAUUUCUGAUUCCUAUAAACGAAAGAAUAUGUAUUAAAUAUAAUUUGAAACAUGAAAUCAAACAAGAAAAAUAUCAAUAACGUUGAAAAUAUUAAUUAUUAUUUUAUUUGUAAUAAUCAAGUUAAAAUGAGCUUUAAUCUGAAAGUUCAUUAGUUUUUGACAAUGCAGAACAUUGGUUAAGAUUUUUUUGAAUAUAUGCUUAAUACCUACACGAAAUAUUUUUCAUAUUAUUUUUUUUUUUUAGAAUAAUAGGCUUGAUUCCAAU